AUGCUCUCCAGCAUCGUCAGUGACCUACCUACCAUCAUCCCUGUACCUACUGGCACGGCGCCUUUGCCGACCGUCAUUCCAUCUACUAUCGGUACUGGCCUUCCCUCGGGUCUUCCGACAUCUCUUUCUGUGCCCAUUUCUGUGCCCACUUCGGAGUCUACGCUUCCCCUCCCAUCUACGGACAUUCCGACCAUUCUUCCCCCGACAAGCACCGGCAUCUCGCUGCCCAUUCCAUCGUCAGGCGUUCCUACUCUGACCGUUUCUGGGUCAACAUCCGGCAUUGUUCCGCCUUCAUCUGGGACUGGCGUUACUUCCGCACCUACAGCUAUCAGCAGCACCGCCUCGGAGACGAUUAUACCUACUUCGGAAGAACCGUCUACCACUCUGUCGACGGUCCUUCCUAGCGAUACCAGCGUGCCGCCAAGUUCUGCAAAUGGCACUACCUCACAAGUGCCGAUAAGCACGCCAAAAGUCACGCCAAGUAGCACAUCGGAAUCUGAGGCUAUUACCAUUCCCUUCACGCCGCCACCUACGAAGACUGGUCCGAUGCAUUCCAUAUUACCUACCGCGACCAACAGCGAGACAACCUACAACGUUGGCUCAAGCAUCCUUCAGCAACCGUCGGGCUCUCCAACCGCGUCGGCGACUGGAAUCCCUUCAGACAUGGCGCAGUGGAUUUCACCGCCUGAGGGCAUGCCAACCAGCAUUCCCGACGACAAGUUCCUCGGUCAGAUCGGUUUCUACUUUGGUCUGAAUUACGCAUUCGUCAGUGCCAAUGACGGUGGGAAUCAGAUCUUCACCUACCUGAAGAAGGCUGUUGCCGAUGGCCUUGGUAUUGAACAGGACGACGUCGUCAAUUACGGCUUAAGGGCGGUCGACACUUCUCAAUGGCAAGGCUUCAUCACCACCUUGGCUGUUUUCAUGAUUCCGAAAGAUCUGAACAGCACGCUAGCUCUGCAGAUUCGCAACCCGGCUACACCCUUCUGGCACAACAAGAACGAGACAGUCAAUCAGUUGACCAGUGUCGUCGAUCCUUCCUGGCCCCUUCCGUAUGGCAAGCUGCCAGGUGAUUCCAGCCCGAGCCAGGACAAUGACCCUGCAGCCACUGCAACCGGCGGUCCUGCGGACGGUGGAGCAAUAGGCGGCGACAUGGCUGCCAGCCGCAGGGUGAACCCCACCAGUGUUGGCAUCGCCACGGGAGCCGUUCUCGGAGCGAUGGCGUAUGGUGCUGCCAUGUUUUUCGUUGCGCGCCGGUACAGGAAUAGGAGAAUGGCACAUCAACGGUCAAGCUCUGUGCCAAGCACCAGCAGAUUUACGUACGGCUCCAUGAACGGCCCUGCUUGGAUGUCUGGUGGUCGCGGUCCUGGACGGUUGACGCCUGGUGGUCGAGACAGCCGAGGCAGCCGAGGAAGCAGCAGCAGCAACGGCCGCAGCGUACGGACGCAACAGAUAUCGGCUCCUGUCAUGGCGGAAAACUCGCUUGGCUGGAACUGA